GCGUGUCUGCAGCAAAGAUGGCGGUGCGGAAGAAAGACGGCGGCCCCAAUGUAAAAUAUUUCGAGGCGUCGGACACCGUUUCCCAGUUCGACAAUGUCCGCAUAUGGCUGGGCAAGAAUUACAAAAAGUACAUCCAGACCGAACCUCCCACAAACAAGUCCCUGUCCAGUCUGGUGGUCCAGCUGCUGCAGUUUCAAGAGGAGGUCUUUGGACGCCACGUCAGUAACCCCCCCCUCACCAAACUACCGAUGAAGUGUUUCCUGGACUUUAAAUCUGGAGGGUCUCUGUGUCAUAUUCUCGCUGCUGCGUACAAGUUCAAGAGCGACCAGGGGUGGCGCAGGUUUGACUUCCAAAAUCCUUCGAGAAUGGACCGAAAUGUGGAGAUGUUCAUGACCAUCGAGAAGUCCUUGGUCCAGAACAACUGUCUGUCCAGACCAGUGAUCUAUCUAAGCUCGGACAUCGAACCAAAGCUUCUGGGGAAACUGAAAGACAUCAUCAAAAGACACCAGGGUUCAGUGACAGAGGACAAGACCGCCAGCUCUCAUAUAGUUGUGCCUAUCCCCAGCAGCCUCGAGGACGAGGAGUGGGUUCGUCCAGUUAUGAAGAGAGACAAACAGGUGCUGCUCCACUGGGGAUAUUACCCUGACAGUUAUGACACCUGGAUUGCAGCCAGUGAAGUGGAGGCUGCAGUGGAAGAUGCCCCCAGUGCAGAGAAGCCCAGAAAGGUUCACGCCAAGUGGAUCCUAGACUUGGAUCAAUACAACGAGUGGAUGAAUGAGGAGGACUACGAGGUGGGAGAGGGGCAUCCAAAGAGGAAGCGGAUCUCAGCCAAAACCCUGACGGAUGAGGUGACCACUCCGGACGAGAGGAGGGACAAGAAACCAGGAAGUGCCAAAAAGAGGAAGCGCUCCCCCUCUCCCUGCCCCACCCCUCCCCCCCAGGAGAGCAAGAAGAAGAACGCUAAGAAGGGACCGACGACUCCGUACACAAAGUCCAAACGUGGUCAGAGGGAGGAGGAGCCUGAGGACUUGUCCAAAGAUGCAGACGAAGCUUCACCAGCAGCUCCAUCAGACGAAGUUAAUCCUGCAAAGACCAAUAACACCAAAAAGGACUCAGAGUCAACACCAGUGAAAGGCGACAACGAUGAACAAGAGGAUGAGUCCAUGGAAACUACAGGAAAGGAGGAAGAGGAAGGAUCUCCCAGUGUCAAGGGUGAACCGGUCAAAACCUCAGAUCUUCAUGAAGACAACGUGACUGAACAGACUCAUCAUAUUAUUAUCCCAAGUUACGCCGCGUGGUUUGACUAUAACAGUGUUCAUGCGAUUGAGCGACGAGCUCUGCCUGAAUUUUUCAAUGGGAAAAACAAAUCCAAAACCCCAGAGAUUUACCUAGCCUAUAGAAACUUCAUGAUUGACACGUACCGGCUGAACCCUCAGGAGUAUCUGACCUCCACAGCCUGUCGCAGGAACCUGGCUGGAGACGUGUGCGCCAUCAUGAGGGUCCAUGCGUUCUUGGAGCAGUGGGGACUUAUAAACUACCAGGUUGAGUCUGAGAGCCGUCCCACCCCCAUGGGCCCCCCUCCCACCUCACACUUCCACGUCCUGGCAGACACGCCCUCCAGUCUGGUCCCCCUUCAACCCAAACCUGCACAGACUCCAGCACCAAUCACGUCGUUCCCUGAAAAAGUGAAAGAAAAACCCACAGAUCUGCAGAACUUUGGGUUGCGAACUGAUAUGUACAGCAAGAAAACCAACUCUACAAAGACCAAGAGUGGAGCCAGCACAAUGAGGGAUUGGACUGAACAAGAAACAUUACUAUUACUGGAGGGUCUGGAGAUGUACAAAGACGACUGGAACAAAGUGUCGGAGCACGUGGGCAGCAGGACGCAGGACGAGUGCAUCCUCCACUUCCUGCGACUGCCCAUUGAGGACCCCUACCUGGAGGAGGCCGCCACUGCGCUGGGCCCUCUGGCGUACCAGCCCGUGCCCUUCAGCCAGGCAGGAAACCCCGUUAUGAGCACCGUCGCCUUCCUCGCUUCUGUGGUCGACCCGAGAGUGGCCUCUGCUGCUGCCAAGUCUGCUCUGGAGGAGUUUUCACGUAUGAAGGAGGAGGUGCCAGCGGCUCUGGUGGAGGCUCAUGUCCGGAGGGUGGAGGAGGCGGCGCGGGUGAGCGGGAGACAGGACCCGCUGUUUGGGCUGGAGGGGAGCGGCAUCGCUGGCACCGCGAUGGAGGAGGGUGAAAGGACAGAGGAGAGCAACGAUGAAAGUAAAACAGAGACUCCACCAGCUGAAGAAAAGAAGGAGACAAAGGAAAACAAAGAUGGCGGAAAUGAGGAGGAGGAGAAACAGUCGGAGAACGGGAAGAAAGAGGAAGAGCGGAGAGAACCGGAGGGAGAGAGAGAGGCGGAGAAGACCGAGGCUGAGGGUGAUGGAGAGAAGGAAAAAGAGGGAAAAGAGAACACAGAGGAGACUCAGAGAGAAGGAGAGAGUGAAGGAGAGAGGAAGACCAAAGUGGAGCGAGAGGUCGGGGAGGGGAACCUGGCCACGGCCGCCGCCUCUGCUCUGGCUGCUGCAGCUGUUAAAGCCAAGCACUUGGCGGCGGUGGAGGAGAGGAAGAUCAAGUCUCUGGUGGCUCUGCUGGUGGAGACUCAGAUGAAGAAACUGGAGAUUAAACUGAGACACUUUGAAGAACUGGAAACCAUCAUGGACCGAGAGAGAGAGGCCUUGGAGUACCAGCGUCAGCAGCUGUUGGCCGAUCGUCAGUCCUUCCACAUGGAGCAGUUGAAGUACGCGGAGAUGAGAGCGCGACAGCAGCAUUUCCAGCAGAUCCAGCACCAGCAACACCAGACAGGGACUCCGCACGGCCCCGCACCCCCAACCGGAGCCACCACGCCUGGGCAACAGCAGCAGACCACCCCCUCCUCCGGCUCCACACCAGCUCCUCCGCCCGCCCCCAGCCCAGCGCCCUCUGCCUCUGGGAACGCGCCCGAGACCAACGCCCCUCCUGGAGUCCUCAACAACUCCCCCUGCCCCCCCGGACAUGCCCCUCCCAACCACCCCAGCGCCGGAGCCCUGCCCACACUACACGAGCAUCACGGCCCUCACCCUGGAGAGACACACCCCUCAAACGCUCCUGUCCCGCCCCCACAGUGAAAACAACAGGUCUGAAUGAACUUUGACCUUUGACUCCUGCCUGACCCCUCCAAACGAAGAUGUUACCAAGUCAAGAAAAAAACAAAAACUAUUCCACAAUUUACUCCAAAAUGGACAAAUGAUGGUAAAGUUGUAACGUUUUUUUUUUUCUUUUUGGAUUUUAAAAACACUUAACCCAGUUUUGAUUUGAAUAAGCUGACGCUGUUUGGAUCACCUGGUUUUAUCCAUAUGCUGAGCUCCAAUUUCCUAAAGGUACGAAACAUGUAAGUUAUAUGCACUUUUAAUACGUUUACUUCGUCUCAAUGGAAGACUUGAAAUAUCGAUUUGAACUUAAGCACUUAUAUUAUUAUCAAUGUAAUGUCUUAUAAACUUGAGACUGGUUUACUCUCACUUAGUGUUACAUGGACUACAGUGGCUCUACAGGGUCUGAACGUCGCAUGUCUAAAAAUGAAGCUGACUCAAAGUUGGUGUGAAUGCAGUUUUUGAAGUACUGUAAAAUACUUAGGGUAGUUUGAAGAUUUUGUCGCCCUCUAGAGGCACUCUAUGGUAGUACAUGGGAAAGAUGUGAAGGUAUUGACAGUGUAUGUACAGCUGCCAUUCUCAACUGGUGUCGUCAGGGCAACGCAGAUGUUUCAUAAUUGGACAUUUUUAUGUUUGUGAAUUGAAAGUUAACAAUAUCAGAAAAUACUCUCUUGUUUAAAAAUACCCUCCCUCAUUUAAAAAACAAA